GGAACUUGAUAAGACAUGCACAUGCAGCCACGCUACACAAACUUCCACGCACUUAAUAUUAUUGCCCCCCUCCCCUAUAUUAUUUCUCUCCCAACAUUGCCCAAUUUCUUCACUCUUCAAAUUUCAGCACACAAAUUAAAAGGUGGCAAACGGAAGAACAACACACCAAGCUUUUACAAGUUAUCUCCUCAGCCUUGCCGGAAAAUGAUCAACAUGCUGGAAACUGAUCUCUGCCUUGGGCUUCCCGGCGGCGGCGGCGGCACCGAGCCGGAGACUCCGAAAGCUAAUGGCAAGAGAGGCUUCUCCGAGACCGUCGAUCUGAAACUCAACAUCCAGUCCAAGCCAGGAGUCGCCGUUGAUCUCACCCCUCAGAAUCUCAACAACACCACAAAAACUGACCAUGACGACAAUCUUAGCUCCAAGGAUCCUGCAAAGCCACCUGCCAAGACACAGGUCGUGGGGUGGCCACCCGUGCGGUCAUACCGGAAGAAUGCGAUGACCCAAAAGAGCCCGGACGGUAGCCCGGCCAUGUUUGUCAAAGUUUGCAUGGACGGUGCACCCUAUCUCCGAAAGGUGGACCUGAAGAUGUACAAGAGCUACCAAGAGCUCUCCAGCGCUUUGGCCAAGAUGUUCAGCUCCUUCACCAUGGCUGGUGAAUAUGGGGCCCAAGGAAUGAUAGACUUCAUGAACGAGAGCAAGUUGAUGGAUCUUCUGAACAGUUCUGAGUAUGUGCCAAGCUAUGAAGAUAAGGAUGGUGAUUGGAUGCUGGUGGGAGAUGUACCUUGGGACAUGUUUGUUGAUUCUUGCAAGCGUUUAAGGAUAAUGAAGGGAUCAGAAGCCAUUGGACUCGCCCCAAGAGCAAUGGAGAAAUGCAAAAGCAGAAGCUGAAGAAAUUGAAAUUAAAAGUGGUUUUGGGGAGGUGGUGGGUGUGGCUUAUCUCCAUGAUUUGGUCGACCCAUAAGCAAGCAAGACAGAUGGAUCGAGCAAAUAUAUGGAUCUUGUUUGAUUGCAAUAUCUGUACUUUUUUUUUUCUUCUCUUCUUUUUUAAUGUUAUAUGAUUCGUAUAUAGAUAUUAAAAAAGAGAUUUGGGACAUUAAUUAAUUUGUAAUAGCCAACAACAAAAAUAAACUCUCUCUCCUACCCUGUCUGGCUGGUUGUUUGUUUGCUUUUAAAUGUUUGUUUAUCAAGGAAAAGAAAAAAAAAAAAACUGUAAUGGGCUUUGCUUUUA